GCGAGUGAGGAGGAAUGGAAUGGCGGGCGCGAGAGAGCUGUUUGCUAAUUUAUGCUGAAAAUGGGUCAACACCUGAAUAUGCUGCUUCGAAAACCUGUUUGGCAGAUGGAGAUGCGUGCGCCGAUCAUCGGGCGUUCCAGAAAGUGAGAGGGAGACAUAAUCGGUGAUUUGAAUGUGAGUUUUUGGUGAUUUCUUUUCUGACGACAUCUCUUUUGACUGUGACUUGUGACUCAUUAUGAAUGCCAAACACAAUCGCCGCGACUGUUAAACCCGUUUUGAGCGAGAGAAAAGAAGAGUGGGAGCCUCUUCAAUCAGCUGGCAACGAAAUGCAUUCGUUGCGCUGUUCAAAACAUUUACGAACACUCUCCCUGGCAGUGAUUGCCUGGAAUCCAACACGGAAUGUAUCGCAAUGUGCUCUGCCUGGUGCUGGGCCUGAUCAUUGGCAUACGACUGACGGAUCUCUUCGAUAACAUGCGACUCACGGAUGGCCGCGACUAUGCCCUCACCCAGGCCCCUGCCACGCCCCAGAUUCACAGCGAAACAAAGACUCAAACGGAGACGGACAUUGCCGCGUGGCUGUUCAAUGAAACGCGAGUGCUGUGCCUCGUGCUGACCAUACCCCAGUGGCACAGUAGAAAGGCCGCAAAGGUGAAGAACACAUGGGGUGCCCGCUGCAAUAAGCUGAUAUUCCUGAGCAGCGAAGAGGACAAGGAACUGGGGGCCAUCGAUGUGGGUGUGCCCGAAGAUCGCAAAAAUCUGUAUGCCAAAGUUCGCGCUGGCUUUGAGUACGCGUACAAGCAUCAUGGAGAGGAUUACGAUUGGUUUCUCAAGGCAGACGACGAUACCUUUGUUAUCAUGGAGAAUCUGCGGUACUUUCUCUAUCCCUACGAUCCCGAGGCCGCUCUUUAUUUUGGGCAUAAGUUCCGCACGGAUUUCCCCCAGGGCUACAUGUCCGGUGGAGCCGGCUAUGUGCUGAGUCGCGAUGCCCUGCGGCGACUGAAUCUCUUUGCGCUGAACAACACCCGCUUCUGUCCAGAGAAUAAGCAGGCAGAGGAUCGGCAGAUUGGCAAGUGCCUGAGGAAUGUGGGUGUGGUGGCAGGAGACUCCAGGGAUGAGGAGGGACAAGAACGGUUUUUGCCGCUGGCCCCCAAGCAUUUGGUGCCACAUUUUCCAACCACUGGCUGGUUGAGUAGCAUUGUGUUCUAUGAACCCACGGAGACCUGCUGUUCGGACUCGGCCAUCAGCUAUCACUACGUCAAGGACUUUGAGUUUGAGAUCUACGAGUACUUGCUGUAUCGCCUGCGCGUCUUUGGCAUGCCUUUGCUCCAGCGCCCCAUGCCCCGGCGCCUGCCACAGCAGCAGCUGCAAAGACAGCUGGAGUUCUGGUCCAAAGAAAAAACCACAAAUCCUAAAAAACCCAAGGGAUAAACGAAGGUUGCAUCAGGAGUUAUGUUUAUAUGGCUUUUAGAUGUGGAUGAAGCGGGAGAACUCGGACUCAAAACUAGACCUAAAUCAUAGUUAGAAUUUUGUUUAAAUUAUAUGCGCAAGAGCUGUGAAGCAGAAGCUGCACAAAGAAAA